AUGUCUGACGACUGGAACUCCGUCACCAAGAUCGGCAAGAAUGUGCGCAGCGGCGGCGGCGCCGAUCGCGAGACCGUCGUGCGAGGCAACUCGGCCCUGAACGCCGCGAAGCGCAGCGGAGGCGCCAUCAACACCGAGAAGAAGUUCGCCGUAGGAAAUGCUGUCGGCAAAGGCCCCGAAGGCCAGCGCCUAACGAAAGUCGACCGGUCUGACGACAUCAUCAAGCCGAACACGGUGGGCAAGGACGUCGGGACGGUAAUCAGCGGCGCGCGGCAGAAGAUGGAGCCCAAGAUGACGCAGAAGGACCUGGCCACCAAGUGCAACACGACGCCGACCGUCGUUGCCGACUUUGAGCGCGGCACCGCCACCCCGGACCAGAAGGUCCUGGGCUCCAUGGAGAAGGUCCUCAACGUCAAGCUGCGCGGCACCGGCAUCGGGGAGCCCAAGUUCAAGCCCAAGGGGAAGUAG